ACUCAAAUUAUUUUCUUGUGCGAUGAUGACGACUGCGGAAAGAGAGCGCGACGACGGUCUGAUUUGAGAUUGAGUCUGGCUUCGCUGCGUGUAGGGAGGUAUAUAAGAGACGGGCAGGAGGGCCGCAGUGAGAAAUUCACAUCAUACCAUAUUCCAUCUGAAGCGCGCAGCAUCGAAAGCAGCAGCGAUAAUAUCACGAGACCGCACUUCUUCAUCUAUACGACUUUCGCUCCCCCUACCACCCAACCAACGUAGAAGAACAGCAGCAUGACGAACCCCUUUCCAACGAUCCAGGACCUUGCGGAGAAGAAUGCAGGCGCAAGCCCAGGCUUCAAACCGAAGCUUACGCUGCAGGACCUCAUGUCCCGCAACGCCAUGGCAGUCAUCUCGUGCAUGGAUCCGCGCGCCGACCCUAAGGACUUUUGGGGCAUCGAGGCGGGCAUGCCGCCGGGCGUAAUCAGGAAUGCGGGCGGGAGGGCUGCGGACGCACUGAGGAGUUUGGAGGUGCUGAGCGCGCUGGGGGAGGGACUGAGUGCGGUCGCGGUGGUGCAUCAUACGCACUGCGGUGUUGGCCCCCACGGCAUCGACGACGCGUACAUCAAGCGCACGCUGCCCGGGCGCAUGAGAGGCUCUUCUUCCGCCCUUGAAGAAAAACACUGGGAUUCGUUCAAGCACCAAACGGAGGAGGAAAGCGUGAGGGAGGAUAUGAAGCUUAUUGUGGCAGAUAAGCUGUUGCCCAAGGAUGUGCAGGUAUUUGGGUUCGUGCUGGAUGUGGAGACGAAUCGGACGACGGAGGUGAGGCUGUGAGGGCCUUGAGAGUCUAAAGUAUGAUGACAGCGUCGGUCGUAAUGGUGAAAAUAUCUUC